ACAGCACUAUGGACUUCCAGAAGACUGUAUUGUAUAUUGCAACUUUAACCAACUGUACAAAAUAGAUCCGCCCACGAUGAAGAUGUGGGUGGAUAUUCUUAAGUCAGUCCCUGGCUCUGUUAUAUGGUUGUUACGCUUCCCGGCCUCUGGCGAAUUAAACAUAUUAUCUACAGCUACUGAAAUGGGCUUAGCUAAUGCCCAAAGGCGCAUAAUAUUCAGCAACGUGGCGCCCAAAGAGGAGCACGUUCGGAGGGGGCUGGUUGCCGAUGUUUGUUUGGACACCCCUUUAUGCAAUGGUCAUACAACUGGAAUGGAUGUCCUCUGGGCUGGUUGUCCAGUUGUUACUCUGCCUCUGGAGUCCUUGGCAAGUAGAGUUGCUGCAAGUCAACUGCACACUUUAGGUUGCCCUGAACUUGUGGCGAAAUCUCACGAGGAUUACGUUAAGAUAGCUUCUCGUCUAGGCACAGAUAGAGAGUAUUUACAAGCGAUGCGCGCAAAGGUUUGGAAAGCCAGAGAGUCCUCUCCACUUUUCAAUUGCCGUAUUUAUACUUCUGAUUUGGAGCAGCUCUACACACGGAUGUGGCAUCAUUACGAAGCAGGGCAAAUAGAGCAUAUCAUAAGUUGGAAUUCCAAAGCUAAAGAGUGA